AUGUGGUGGAGCAGCCGGAUAUCUGCCCGCCAGCUAGCCUGGGCGGCUGGAAUAUCAUUGGGAUCGCUGCUGAUGUACAGAUAUCUGCAACGUCGACGGCGUAAUCAAGGAACAGCCGGUCAAGCGCCUCCUCGCUACAAACGCGCAUUUAUCCGAAUUGAUCAGUCGCUGAUUGGUCUGAUUAUUGGCAAGCGAGGCGCGCGGUUGGCAUCGCUUGAAGAAGAAUGCAAGUGUCUGCUCACAAUUGUGAAACUGGAACCCGAAAAGGCUCGAAAUAUCAACGACGUCCUCUACCUUGGCGAUCCCGGAAGGGAGACUACUGCCCCGGUCGAAGAAGAAAAUUGGGAAGACGAACAGGCGAAGUACGACGAUCUCAUCGAAGUCCCGUAUAUCGAAGUGAUCUAUCGCAGCGAGCAUCAGUUGGCGUAUCUACAAAAGUUGUUGAAGAAAAUAGUAGCCGAGGUGAAGAAGCCGCAGGUCGUGCAGAAGAUCGGCAUUCCAACCGAAUCCAUUGUCUAUGUUCAAGGUAGAUACGGACGGAAUCUCCGGAGGAUUUACCAGGCUACCAAGGCUCAAGUUCGGAUCCUGCUCCCGCCGGAUCCAGAAAUGGAUUUCUUGAAGGGUGGCUUCUGUAACAUUACGGAAUUCGAAGAGCCUAUCCCUGAUCUCGCUCCAUAUCUAACGACCGUGGUCAUCAGAGGCCCUGCUGACAGUGUCGAGCUUGCACAGCUGAUGAUCCAAAAGUCCAUCGAAUCUUUCUAUUUGAAGAAGGACGCCGUUGUGGCUCAAACAACACGACCGGAGGCCGAGACGACACUCGAGGAGGACCUUCUGACGAUGGAACGCAUGAAGAAAGCGUUGCUCGAAUUGGAAGAC